UUAUAAAUUUCCUUUCUUUUCAUUUUCUUGUAAUCUGAAUUUAUUAGAGACAGAGCAAACAGAGGAAGCGAAACAGGAAGAAAGAAAAAUGAAGCGUUGGGGUGUGGUUUUCUUUGUUCUUCUGCUUAUCCAAAAUCAAGGAAUUUUGAAACCAGUAGAAGCAGAAGAUGGGUUUGUGAAAACCAGAGGACUUCAACUUGUCUUGAAUGGAAUCCCUUACUAUGCGAAUGGGUUCAAUGCCUACUGGUUGAUGUACGUGGCCACAGACCCGUCCCAGAGAGGCAAAAUAUCAUCUGCCUUUCAAGAGGCUACAAAACAUGGCCUCUCCAUAGCAAGAACUUGGGCUUUCAGCGAUGGCGGUUACAGGCCUUUACAGUCCUCUCCCGGCUCCUACAAUGAGCAAACUUUCCAGGGUUUGGAUUUUGCGAUAUCUGAGGCGAAGAAGCAUGGGAUUAAGCUGAUAUUGAGUUUGGUGAAUAACUAUGACAACUUUGGAGGCAGAAAACAGUAUGUGGACUGGGCUAGAAGCCAAGGGCAGUCUAUAACAUCAGAGGACGAUUUCUAUACCAAUUCUGUAGUGAAGGAUUUUUACAGAAAUCAUAUCAAGACUGUACUUACGAGGACAAACAGUCUGACUGGAGUUGCUUACAAAGAUGAACCAACCAUAAUGGCUUGGGAGCUGAUGAAUGAGCCAAGAUGCACUUCAGACCCAUCAGGAAAAACCAUUCAGGCUUGGAUAACCGAGAUGGCAUCUUACUUGAAAUCUAUAGAUGGAAAUCACUUGCUAGAAGUUGGUCUUGAAGGGUUUUAUGGAGCAUCGAAGCAGCAAACUAAUCCAAAUUACUAUCAAGUGGGAACAGAUUUUAUUGCAAAUAAUCAGAUCCCCGGCAUUGACUUUGCUACUGUUCACUCAUAUCCUGACCAAUGGUUAUCUGGGUCAAGUUAUGAAGACCAAGUCUCUUUCUUGAACAAUUGGGUGAAUGAUCAUAUCCAAGAUGCACAAAACAUCCUCAAGAAGCCAAUUCUCUUUGCCGAGUUUGGAAGGUCUUUGAAAGAGUCAGGUUACACCACAAACCAACGGGACCGAGUUUUCACCACAGUCUACUCGGCCAUCUACUCGUCGGCUAGGGGUGGAGGUGCAGCUGUUGGUGGCUUAUUCUGGCAGCUUCUGGCUGAAGGAAUGGAUUCUUUCCAAGACGGGUACGGCAUUGUGUUGAGUGAGAGCUCCUCAACAGUUAGUUUGAUUUCUGAGGAGUCUCAGAGGCUUAUUAAGAUUCGGAAGAUGUAUGCCAGGCUGAGAAACAUUGAGAAGUGGAAGCGAGCAAGGGAGAUUAGAAGGGCUCAAUGGUGGUCUGGGAACAAGGUCAAUGAUACAGGAAACUGAGAAAAGAGAAUUGUAUUUAAGCAACAAUCCCAAAAUGUACUUCACUAGAUAUAUAGAUGAAAGAUACAGCUUUAUUAAGUAACAAGCAGGUUUAGUUACAUACAUCAAAGCAAGUUGUUAAUUUACAUAAAUAAGUGUUCCGGCUACAUUAAGUUAAAGCUACGAGCGAGCUUCAUCAAGGUACUGUCACUGUGGCUCAAUCUGAACAAGUACCCCUUUGUAAAAUUGAUGGAUUUAAAUGACAGUUCCAUCUUUAAUAGUUGCAUUCUUCA